AUGUGGAAAAUGUUUACGCUAAACGGAUCGUAUCGCUGGAUCGACGAUCUGCAACGACUUGUAGCGGAGUACAACGCGCGCAAGCAUCGCACCAUCGGCGCGCGGCCAAUCGACGUAACGCCGGCUUCGAGCGAGCGACUCCUGCGCACGGUUUACAGCAACGUUAAAAUCGCAGGACCGGCGCGAUUCCGAGUAGGCGAUCCUGUGCGCGUGAACAAGUACCUGCUCGAGGAUUAUCGCGGUGAACCAAUAACCGGUGGAUUUUAUGAGCACGAGUUGCACGCGAUUAAACAUCCGGAUGUGUAUCUCGUAGAAAAGGUUCUGCGUCGUCGAGGCAACGAGGUGUUGGUCAAGUGGUUGGGACUAAACAAUUCACACAAUUCCUGGAUAAAUAAGAACAAUGUGGUCUAA